UUAGAAACAGGCAAGAUUGAACGAGGUAUCUUAAAUAAAGACCCUGUCGGCACUAAUACCACUAUCCAAACUAAUUAUAAAAGCAGUAUUGGACGGGAUAAUCAAACCCAUGUUGAUGAUAUGACUGGGAGAAAGUAUAUUAAAUUGGAUGUUCCUAAUCAUUCGGCUGGUUCUAGUUCUUGUCCUUAUGAAAGAGGAGGUUAUUGCACGGAUGCUCAUGGUGGGCAAAAAGAUAAUAAGCAAUUUAGAGGAGUGGGAGAAGAAGGAGCCAAAGUAAUAUUAAGUCAAAAUGGGGAUACUUGGGAGUUAGCAUUUGUCGGCACCAUUGAAAUUACUGAAACUCUGGGUAAUCCUGAUGCUAUCGGAAGUGGAGUAGAAAUUAAUGACCCUGAGGAGUUAGUGCCUGACUUAGAGGAUGAGACCCAAACGGAGGGCUUAGAUAAUUUAGAACAGAAUAUGGAGCCUGAGGAAGAAAAGG